AAAUGUUUGUUGGUGCCAAUAUUGCAGGUGGUUGGGGAAAUGCUUGGAGGCAACCAGAGUGGAGUCUCCGAGUUCCUGCUCCUGGGGCUCUCAGAGAGUCCUGAGCAGCAGCAGGGCCUGUUUUGGAUGUUCCUGUCCAUGUAUCUGGUCACAGUGGUGGGAAAUGUGCUCAUCAUCCUGGCCAUACGUUCUGACCUAUGCCUGCACACUCCCAUGUACUUCUUCCUGGCCAACCUCUCCUUCACCGACCUCUUCUUUGUCACCAACACAAUCCCCAAGAUGCUGGUGAACAUUCAGUCCCAGAACAAAGCCAUCUCCUAUGCAGGGUGUCUGACACAGCUCUACUUCCUGGUCUCCUUGGUGGCCCUGGACAACCUCAUCCUGGCCACGAUGGCAUAUGACCGCUAUGUGGCCAUCUGCCGCCCCCUCCACUACACCACGGCCAUGAGCCCUGGGCUCUGUAUUUUGCUGCUCACCUUGUGUUGGGUGUUUUCUAUCCUCUACGGCCUCAUCCACACCCUCCUUAUGACCAAGGUGACCUUCUGUGGGUCCAGAAAGAUUCACUACAUCUUCUGUGAGAUGUAUGUCCUGCUGAGGCUCGCAUGUUCCAACACCCAAGUCAACCACACAGUGCUGACUGCCACUGGAUCCUUCAUCUUCUUCACCCCCUUAGGGAUAAUGAUCAUGUCCUAUGUCUGGAUUGUCAGAGCCAUCCUCCAAAUACCCUCAGCUUCUAGCAAAUACAAAGCCUUCUCCACCUGUGCCUCCCAUUUGGCGGUGGUCUCCCUUUUCUAUGGGACACUUGGUAUGGUAUAUCUGCAGCCCCUCCAAACCUACUCCAUGAAGGACUCAGUAGCCACAGUGAUGUAUGCUGUGGUGACCCCCAUGAUGAACCCUUUCAUCUACAGCCUGAGGAACAAAGACAUGCACAGGGCACUGAGAAGACUUCUCCUAGGGAAAGCCUUCCAAAGGUCAACGCGAGGGAGCUGGGCACUGCGGAAGCUGUGGCACUGUGGGAAUCUGGUGCUGGAAGAGCUGCCCGCGCUGCAGGAGCCAGACCUGAAGACCACGCAUGCGCUUGUGCUCCAAGAGUUUGCCAAGUGA